AUGACGAGAACUCCACCACAACUAAGCAUACCGACCUUCCAACCCCCUCCAAGCCAGCGGAAUCCCUCUGCUUCACCAGAGAUUGGUCGAGGAGGUUCUCCUGCUGCGUACAACAGAGCGACGUCACCUGCACUUUCAAUACAGUCUGCACAACGACACGCUAUGCCAUUCCCUUCUGGCAGUCCGGACCCCAACAGAGCACCAUCACCAGCAUUCUCAGACAUACGAUCCGCCCGCUCGGGCAGUCCUACGCUUGUCCGACCAAACAGUGCUGCAACGAACCGAUCGCCAAUCAGCCCUUCGAGUCCCGUACCCAUGCGGUCGAUGUUUCCUGUAUAUGACCCCACCGUCCCUUUAGGCCGUCAAGCAUACGCUCCCACGCAGACUUCACCUACGCAUAUUCCCGUGAACAGAAUACAUCGGUCUCCAUACUCGCCAGAACUGUACAUACCCCAUGGAAACGUGAAUAAUGGAGAUCAAGAAAGCAGCGAUGCUCCCACCUUUACUUGUGCGCCCUACUUCACCCCAUCAGCUCUCCUAGAAAACCUAUGGGUUGCCACGAAUGGUCAGGAAGAGCCGGCGGUUCAGAUAUACACUCUCAAGAUGCACCGAGCAACUGCAGCCACACCACAAGUAACCUUCGGUCCAACUGCAUCCCUCCCCUUCUACAGCCUCACCCAAUCCGAUCUCGAGGGCAAAGACCCCCUAGAACUCGCAACAAUGACCCACGAAGUCCUCAUUCAGCGCCACCAUCCCACCCAACCGCGCGCCCUCCCAGUAAACCACCUCGACCUCGUCGUUCCCCCCUCUUCCGCAACCGCCAACUCCUUCGACGACUCCCCCUCCACCCUUCUCGCAACCAUCUACCCCAAGCUCGCCGCCCUUGCCGCUCUCGACGCUGCCGCAAACUCACCUGCAGCCUCCCACAUAGCCUUUGCCGACCCCGGCGCCACCUCUCACGCUGCUCAGCGCCUCGCCGAGGACGUCCUCCGCGGCGCCGCCGAGCGCGAGUGCUCCGCCCUCACCUGGACCCGCGAGGCUCCCACCCAGCAGACAAAUCCCUGGGCCCACGCCCUGAACCCCACCGGCUCGUACCAGCUGCACCACCCGACUCUCGGCCUCUUCCCCAUCCAGCUCGAGGGCGACUGCGCGGGCAUCAACUCCCCCUCCACCCGGCCCCAGACGGCCGUCUACGGCCACCCCUCCUUCGCACAGGCGCAGGCCCGCUCACGAGCGGGCAGCAUCACGCUACUGAACCCGUACGUGCUCUCUCCGACCAGCCCGCGCGCGUUCAACCCCCCACCGCCCUCGACCCCGUUGCGCAGUGUCAGCGCUGCCGGCACCGCGAGGCCGGGCUCGAUGUUCUCGGACGUGGACGCUGCGCACCUCGCCACCGCAAACGAUGCCGCGGCCGACGACGCGGUGCUUGCGCGGCUGGAUUUCGGGACGGACAGCUUGCUGCUGAACGUCGCGGCACUCACACGCUUUGGGAAUCCGUAUCUCGUUGACGUGGCCGCUACGGCUCUCUUAUCCGUGGCAGUUGCGGAGGCGGCGCGGAACCCGAAGAGCAGGACGUCGUCGGCGCAGGAGGUGCCUACGAUGUUUGAAGCGCCGCCGCCGUCGACGGCGCUGGGCCCGAAGCCGAAGAGCAGCGCGGCGAGCUUCAAGGAGAGCUUCGUCGAGGGGUUUGAGAGCUGGGGCGGGGCGAAGAGCAUCAGCAAGGGCAAGAAGUGGAGUCGCAGCCUGCGCAGCUCGGCGACGACGAGCAAGUCGCAGAGUCUGGAUAAGGAUAUCGAGCUGGGGCAGUGGUAUGGGCAGCAGGACGAGGCGCAGGCCAAGACGAAGACGAAGGGGAAGAAGAGCAAGGCGGAGAAGAAGGAGAGCACCCUGCCGUUUGUUGCGCGGACGCUGAUUGGCGUGCUGACGUUUGCGUUUAAGGCGUUUGUGUGGGUGGUUGGGUUGGUGUUUAAGAUCAUUGCGGGCCUGGUGGUGAUGCUUACGCGGAAUGCGAGUAAGCUGUAA